CCGGAAGCGGUGGGGCGCACCAGUAGCUCUAGCCAGAGGACCUACUGUGGCUGCCGCGGGAAUUGUCCUGUGACCAGCCAGGAGCUGGCGGCCGAGCAAACAUGAAUGUUGGAGUUGCCCACAGUGAGGUAAACCCCAAUACUCGUGUAAUGAACAGCCGUGGUAUGUGGCUGACAUAUGCGUUGGGAGUUGGCCUGCUUCAUAUUGUAUUACUCAGCAUCCCCUUCUGCAGUGUUCCUGUUGCCUGGACCUUAACCAACAUAAUACAUAAUCUGGGGAUGUAUGUGUUUUUGCAUGCAGUAAAAGGAACGCCUUUUGAGACUCCGGAUCAGGGUAGAGCAAGGCUCCUAACUCACUGGGAACAGCUGGACUACGGAGUACAGUUUACAUCUUCUCGGAAGUUUUUCACAAUUUCUCCAAUAAUUCUAUACUUUCUGGCAAGUUUCUAUACAAAGUAUGACCCGACUCACUUCAUCCUAAACACAGCUUCUCUGCUGAGUGUACUUAUUCCCAAAAUGCCACAGCUGCAUGGUGUUCGCAUCUUUGGAAUUAAUAAGUAUUGAAAUGUCUGUGCAACUGAAGAGAACUGUUAAGAGCUUCCUGUAAUGAAAGAGUAGUUAAUGAACUGCACUGUUUCUGUGAUAAUGUGAAAUAAGAGGUAUUUACAUUGGAGGGCCAAGUACUGCUCCUUCACAAGCUGUCUUGAAGUGCUCUACUUAAGGAUGCCUCUGUCUAGUUUGCUUGGUAUAUUUCUGAGAGAGGCUUUGCAGGCAGGCUGGGCAGGCCCAGCUUAUAACUUGAUGGUAGUAGGAUAAGAGUACAGUAACUAAAUCCAAGGAAAUGUGGGAUUUGUAAGAAACUAGGUCCAGCUUAUAGUGAGCGAGCAUUAUGUUAGGGAAAGAGCAUUCCAAUCAUUCGUUCAUAGCCGGUUGAAGCAGACUUCUAGAAAGCAGAACCUCCUGUGUACAUGUUUUUAUUACUGUGCACAGUCUGCUUUGUAUGACAUACACCUGAUAUAUGUCCUCAGGUUCCUGGCUUAGUAUCAUGCAUUGAUAAAUGAGGUACUGUUUGCAUUUAUUACAUUACAGGGUUUGUGAGGGUUUUGUCUUCAUUUCUUGCUCUAAGAGAAGAAGAUAGGCAUCUUACAGUCAAGGCUCUGAGUCAACGUGCUCAUUUUGGAACAAAGUAGGUUUUACUGCUUUUCCAGAAGCAAAGCUGCCAAACCAAUUAAGAGAAUAACUUACUUCAAGCACUUCAGGUCUUGAGUAGCUGAAAAUUAUUGUUUAGUUGGUUAAGUCUUUUCUUUCUUCUAAAAAGGAAAUGCAAGAUGGGGCCGGCUGGUGUGGGGAGACCUAAGUAAAGAGUCCUCUGUCAGCAAUGUUAUCUGAAGUAACAGAUAAUAUUGUCUGCUCUUAGUCUCUUACUCUCCAUCCGCACAGUUUGGUUUGCCCAUUAAUAUUUCCUGUAAAUGUGUCAGUCUUAGUGUAGAUGACCCAAAAUGGUACCUAUAUUCACAGCAACAACUAUAUUGAAUUCUUGUGACUUGGGGAAGCUUCCUAUAGUUGCUAGCAUUCAUUAAUUGUAUAAAGAGAAGUAAAUACCUUUCUAAAAUGAUAUAAAGCUGAAAAACUCAGUAACUUAAGAGUGAAGACAGUUGUCAACCAACUUACAAAUCGAUUGUGGCAAUACACAGAGUUAAGGGUAGUGAUCAUUGUUUCAUAUCUCAAAAGUACUGAAUUUAGAAAUCACUUGUUUGAUACCCCCUUUGUAUGUUUGCCUUUUCUUGUGUAUCUUUAAAUAACUGGUAAUUGAUGCUUUAAUAAAAGUUUUCUUUGGUGUAAGAUUA